GAGCAGCGGGGAGGUUGGACCGGGAACAAUAGAGAGGAGCGCCGCCAGCCUUCAGGCUUCAAACAAACGCAGAAGGCGACAGAAAGCGAGCCCGGCAACGGGAUGGACGCCACAGAAACUGGACCCUGGACAUGUGAGGACUAACAACCAGUGGAUUUUUUUUCUUGUACCUUCGCUUCUCUCUUUUGUUUGAACUCAUUUGUCGGUGGGGUUGUGUCGAACCGGAAUCCGACAUGAACCCCGCCGAAGCGGCCGAGGAGGCGCCCAGCGACACCGACACUGAUGCAUUCUUCAAAACAGGGUCUCUGAGGACUGAAGGCAUUAAGGCGUCUGAUGUUCUGCCUGUCUUGAAGGAGAAAGUGGCCUUCGUAUCCGGUGGGCGGGACAAACGAGGAGGACCGAUCUUGACAUUCCCUGCACGAAGCAACCACGACCGAAUAAAACAAGAGGACUUGAGGAGGCUGGUCACAUACCUGUCUACUGUUCCCAGUGAGGAUGUGUGCAAGAGAGGCUUCACUGUCAUCAUUGACAUGCGAGGAUCCAAGUGGGAGCUAAUCAAGCCUCUGCUGAAGACGCUGCAGGAGUUUUUCCCGGUCGAGAUCUGCGUGGCGCUCAUCAUCAAACCGGAUAACUUCUGGCAGAAGCAAAAGACCAACUUUGGUAGCGCAAAGUUUUCCUUUGAAACCAGCAUGGUGUCAGUGGAAGGUCUGGCAAAGUUGGUGGAUCCCUCGCAGCUGACGGACGAUUUUGAAGGCUCCCUGGAUUACAACCAUGAGGAGUGGAUGGACCUGAGAGUCUCGCUGGAGGAGUUCAUGUUCAAUGCGGUUCAUCUCCUGUCUCGACUGGAGGACUUACAGGAGGUCUUGUCCAAGAAAGAAUUUCCUUCCGAUGUUGAAGGAUCUCGUCGGCUAAUAGAAGAACACACACAACUGAAGAAGAAGGUACUGAAGGCUCCUGUGGAAGAUUUGGACCUGGAAGGCCAGCGCUUGCUGCAGUGUAUUCGAUGUAGUGAUGGUUACUCGGGGAGGAGCUGCAUCUCCGGUUCUGCUGACUUCCAGAGCCUCGUGCCCAAGGUUUCCAGUCUGCUGGACAAGCUCCACUCAACCAGGCAACAGCUCCAUCAGAUGUGGCAUGUCCGGAAGCUAAAGCUGGACCAGUGUUUCCAGCUACGACUCUUUGAGCAGGAUGCAGAGAAAAUGUUUGACUGGAUCAGCCACAACAAGGCGUUGUUCCUGCAGAGCCAUACUGAGAUCGGCCGAGCGUACGACCAUGCCGCCGAGCUGCAGACGCAACACAACCACUUUGCCAUGAACUCUAUGAAUGCUUACGUCAACAUCAACAGGAUCAUGUCAGUAGCGAGUCGCCUAGCGGAGGCAGGACACUACGCCUCCACGCAGAUUAAACAGAUAUCGAGUCAGCUGGACCUGGAUUGGAAAAGCUUUGCCGCCGCUCUUGAUGAACGCUCAACCAUCCUUGCAAUGUCCGCAGUUUUCCACCAAAAAGCGGAACAGUUCUUGUCAGAGGUGGAGGCAUGGUGCAAGGUCUGCAGUGAGGGCGGGCUCCCAACUGAGAUGCAAGAGCUGGAGCUGGCCAUUCACCGCCACCAGAGCCUCUAUGAGCAGGUCACACAGGCCUACACUGAGGUUAGUCAGGAUGGAAAAGCUCUCCUGGAUGUCCUGCAAAGACCUCUCAGCCCGGGCAACUCAGAGUCUCUGACGGCUACCGCCAACUACUCGAAAGCGGUUCAUUGUAUUCUGGAUGUGGUCCAUGAAGUACUCCACCAUCAGCGCCGUCUUGAGAACAUUUGGCAGCACCGAAAGGUCCGACUGCACCAGAGACUGCAGCUGUGUGUGUUUCAGCAGGACGUCCAACAGGUGAUGGACUGGAUCGAAAACCAUGGCGAGGCUUUCCUCAGUAAGCACACCGGAGUGGGAAAAUCUCUUCAUCGAGCUCGAGCCCUGCAGAAACGGCACGACGACUUUGAAGAUGUCGCUCAGAACACAUAUACUAAUGCAGACAAGCUACUGGAGGCAGCCGAGCAGCUGGCCCAGACGGGCGAGUGCGACCCGGAGGAGAUUUACAAGGCGGCGCGCCACCUGGAAGUUCGAAUACAAGACUUUGUACGCCGUGUUGAGCACAGGAAGCUGCUGCUUGACAUGUCCGUGUCCUUCCACACGCACACCAAAGAGCUGUGGUCUUGGAUGGAGGAGCUCCAGAAGCAGCUACUGGACGACGUGAGCUGCGACUCUGUAGAUUCUGUGCAGACACUAAUUCAGCAGUUCCAGCAGCAGCAGACAGCCACUCUGGAAGCCACUCUCAAUGUCAUCAAGGAGGGGGAAGAGCUUAUGCAGCAACUCAGAGACGCUGCCAUGUCCACCAAUAAGACACCACACUGCAGUUCCAUCGCUCACAUCCAGGGAGUGCUGCAGCAAUUGGAUGAGGCCCAGAGCCAGAUGGAGGAACUGUUCCAUGAGCGCAAAAUCAAACUCGACAUCUUCCUCCAGCUACGCGUCUUUGAGCAGUAUACCAUCGAGGUGACGGCUGAAUUAGACGCCUGGAACGAGGACCUGUCUCGACAGCUUAACGAUGCGGGACGCUCGAGCAGCAGCAGCAGCAGUAGCGGCGGCAGUGGAGGGAGCGGCGGUGCUUCCUCUGGCGGCGCGGAGGACAUUGGCCUGGCUGAGCAGAGGCUGAAGAGGCAUGCUGAGAGAAAGGCAGCCAUGAACAACAUGACCUAUGAAGUCAUGCAGCAAGGCCAGGAUUUGCAUCAAUACAUCAUGGAAGUGCAGGCCUCAGGUAUUGAGCUGACGGGGGAGAAGGACAUGGACUUGGCCUCUCAGGUUCAGGAACUACUGGAGUUCUUGCACGAGAAACAGCAGGAAGUGGAGCUCAGCGCCCAGCGCACGCAUGCUAGACUGGAGCAAAGCCUACAACUACGUCACUUACAAGCUGAGGUCAAACAGGUGCUCGGAUGGAUCCGUAAUGGCGAGUCCAUGUUGAACGCCAGCAUGGUGAAUGCCAGCUCUUUGUCUGAGGCAGAGCAGUUGCAGAGGGAACACGAACAGUUCCAGAUGGCAAUAGAGUCUCUCUUCCAUGCUAACUCCCUCCAGAAGACCCAUCAGAGUGCACUGCAAGUCCAGCAGAAAGCGGAAAUGAUGCUCCAGGCCGGCCACUAUGACCCAGAGGCGAUUCGCAACUGCGCUGAGAAGGUGGCCGUCCACUGGCAGCAGCUAAUGCUGAAGAUGGAGGACCGCCUGAAACUUGUUAACGCCUCGGUGGCCUUCUACAAGACAUCUGAACAGGUUUGCAGCGUGUUAGAGAGCCUGGAGCAGGAAUACCGACGGGAUGAAGACUGGUGCGGAACUCACGAAAAAGUGGGAACGCCGGCCGACUGUGACCACCUUGUGCCUCUGAUCAGCAAACACCUGGAACAGAAAGAAGCCUUCCUCAAGGCAUGCACACUAGCCCGGAGGAACGCCGAGGUUUUCCUCAAGUAUAUCCACAGGAACAACGUGAGCAUCCCAGGAGCUGCCAGUCACGCCAGAGGGCCUGAGCAGCAAGUCAAAGCUAUUCUGAAUGAGCUGCUGCAGAGGGAAAACAGAGUCCUGCACUUCUGGACUCUGAAGAAGAGGAGACUGGAUCAAUGUCAGCAGUAUCUUGUCUUUGAACGCAGCGCCAAGCAGGCUCUUGAAUGGAUCCAGGAGACAGGUGAGGUCUACCUGGCUACGCACGUGUCAUCUGGUGACAGCAGCAAGGAAACACAGCAGCUCCUCAAUGACCAUCAUCACUUUCGGCUCACUGCCAAGCAAACAAAGGAGAAGGUGAAGCUCCUCAUCCAGCUGGCUGACAACCUGGUAGAGAAAGGCCACGUCCACGUUGUGGAGCUGAAGCGAUGGGUGAGCACGGUAGACCGCCGCUACCGCGACUUCUCCCUGCGAAUGGCCAAGUACCAGGAGAGCUUGGAAAAGAGCCUGGGCGUCUCUUCCGAGGACAACAAGGACUUAGAGUUGGAUAUUAUUCCCGCCAGCUUGUCGGACGACCCCGAGAUCAAACUGCGGGAGCCCAACGAUGAGGUCAAUGAGGAGAAGAGGAAGUCGGCGAGGAAGAAAGAGUUCAUCAUGGCUGAGCUCCUGCAGACGGAGAAGACUUACGUCAGAGAUCUCCAGGAAUGUCUGGAGACCUACUUAUGUGAGAUGACCAGGGGCGGGGACGAGAUCCCGCCUGCCAUCGCCAACAAGGAACAUGUCAUUUUCGGCAACAUGCAGGAGAUCUACGACUUCCACAACAAUAUUUUCUUGAAGGAGCUUGUCAACUAUGAGCAGUUGCCAGAGGAUGUGGGCCAUUGCUUCGUCACAUGGGCGGAUAAAUUCCACAUUUACGUGGAUUACUGCAAGAACAAACCCGACUCGAGCCAGCUCAUUCUAGAGCAUGCCGGCACCUUUUUUGAUGACAUCCAGCAGCGAAGUGGUCUGGCCAACUCGAUUUCGUCGUACCUCAUCAAACCGGUGCAGAGAAUCACCAAGUACCAGCUGCUGCUCAAGGAGUUGCUGUCAUGUUGCGAGGAGGGCAAAGGGGAGAUCAAAGAUGGUCUGGACGUCAUGCUUAGCGUGCCAAAGAGAGCCAACGAUGCCAUGCACCUUGCCAUGUUGGAAGGUUUUGAGGAGAACUUGGAUGUGCAGGGCGAGUUGAUCCUGCAAGACAGUUUCCAGGUUUGGGACCCGCGCUCACUCAUCCGAAAGGGGCGGGACCGACACCUCUUUCUGUUUGAAUUCUCACUGGUCUUCAGCAAGGAGUUCAAAGAUUCAGUGGGCAGAACCAAGUACCAGUACAAACACAGACUACUGACAUCAGAGUUGGGGGUGACGGAGCACAUCGAAGGCGACCCAUGUAAAUUUGCACUCUGGGCUGGGCGAACCCCCUCUUCUGAUAAUAAAACUGUACUGAAGGCGUCCAGUGUAGAAGCUAAACAGGAGUGGAUAAAGAACAUCAGGGAGGUGAUCCAGGAGAGAAUGACUCACCUGAAAGGCGCACUGAAGGAGCCAGUUCAGCUCCCCAAAACGGCAACACUCACCAAACCUCGCAAUAAUGCCAAGAGGGAUGGAGGGGAGGACGGAGACAGUCAGGGAGAUGGCAGUAGUCAACCGGACACCAUCUCCAUCGCAUCCAGAACCUCGCAGAACACAGUGGACAGCGACAAGCUCUCUGGUGGUUGUGAAUUGACGGUGAUCCUGCAGGACUUUACAGCAGGAUGUAGCAGUGAGAUAUCUGUCAGUACCGGCCAGACAGUGGAGCUGCUGGAGAGGCCCAGCGAGCGGCCCGGCUGGUGUCUGGUUCGGACGACUGACCGCAGCCCACCUCAGGAAGGUCUGGUACCCAGUUCAGCACUGUGUGUGUCCCACUCGCGCUCCAGUGUGGAAAUGGACUGCUUCUUUAACUCAGGGAAAGAAAAUUAUCCUGUAAGUGGCUCUGAUGGCAAGACUGAGUCUGUGGCAAACCUCCAGCCACAGCCGUCCCUCAGCUCACUGCAGUCCAACUCGCCAGGACCCAAACGCUCUGGAAAUACGCUCCGGAAAUGGCUGACCAAUCCCGUCCGACGCCUCAGUCACGGCAGCUCGGUUAAGAAACUCCCCAGUAACAAACAGAAAAAGACAGGUCCCGGGGCGGGAAGAGAUGAGAGCAGGAAGGGCCAGCCUGACCUUAACCCGCAGGAAGACAUCAUCGAUGAGCACAUCCUGGGCAAGGAGGGUAACCUCCUCUCCAAAGCACCGUCCGGCAUGCAGAGCGGUGGCGAGGAGGAGCAAGAUGAGGAGGCGCACACCCCGCUGCCUCCUCCCAUGGAGAUUAUCAAGGACCCCUCAGCGCAGGACGAUAAGUCGUCGUCCUUGCUAACAUCUCUGCAGUCAUCCUCUGAGGUGCCCUGCGCUGCAGAGCUGGUUAGCGCCAUAGAAAAACUGGUUAAAACCAAAAUGACCUUAGAACCAGGAGCUCACCCGGUAUUCUCCCAACUCUCCCCACCGGAACAAAGCACUCCUGUCCAGCGCCGGAACCCUGAGCUGGAACAGAGAGCCAAAGCCAUGAGGGGUCGCAUGUUCGUCCUGAACGAGUUGAUACAGACAGAGAAGGACUAUGUCAAAGACUUGGGCAUUGUUGUUGAGGGUUUCAUGAAGAGAAUAGAGGAAAAAGGCGUUCCCGAUGACAUGAAAGGAAAAGAGAAAAUCGUCUUUGGCAACAUUCAUCAGAUCUUCGACUGGCACAGAGACUUCUUUGUAGGAGAGUUGGAGAAAUGUCUGGACGACCACGAGCACCUCGCCGAGCUCUUCAUCAAACAUGAGAGAAGACUGCACAUGUAUGUGAUCUACUGUCAGAACAAACCCAAGUCUGAGUUCAUCGUAGCAGAAUAUGACAAUUAUUUUGACGGAGUCCAGCAGGACAUUCAGUCCCGGUUGACAAUUAGCGACUUCCUUAUCAAACCAAUCCAAAGAAUCACCAAAUACCAGCUGCUACUGAAGGAUUUCCUGAAGUACAGCUCCAAGGCAGGAAUGGACUGUGAACAAAUCGAGCAAGCAGUGGAUUUGAUGUCUCAGGUUCCCAAAUUAUGUAACGACAUGAUGAACUUAGGUCGGCUACAAGGAUACGAGGGCAAGCUAACCAAUCAGGGCAAGCUGCUGCAGCAGGAGACUUUCUUCGUGACCGAGCAGGAUCCCGGCGUCUUGUCGCGCUCGAAAGAACGGCGGGUGUUCCUCUUUGAGCAGAUCGUCAUCUUCAGUGAGCUGCUCAGGAAAGGCUCGUCCACGCCCGGAUACCAGUUCAAAAAGAGCAUCAAGGUGUCCUACUUGGGUCUAGAGGAGAGCGUGGACAACGAUCCGUGUAAGUUCGUAUUGUCGUGUCGCGGCUCGUCGGAGCAUUUCACCCUGCAAGCGGCCAACGUUGACAUCAAGCAGGUCUGGGUCAGACACAUCAAGGCACUCCUGGAUGCUCAAAGCAACUUCCUGUCCGCACUCGUGUCUCCCAUCGAGUAUCAGCAGAAGCGCAGCGGCACCUCGUCUCUUACCAGAAACCGCUCGACCGCCAGCAAUCGCUCAAGCACGCCUUGUCACAGCCGGCCCUCGUCGGCGGUUGGCCUCGGCGAAAAGGAGAGUGAGAGAGGACGCAGCCAGUUGACAGCAUCGACUUCCAAUGGCGGCACAUCGUGUUUCGACUCCAGGGAGAGCGAUGGCGGCUGCUGCAACGGCGCCUCGUCCACCAUGCGCGUCGCUCAGGACUACUCGGCGCUCAAGGAGAACGAGAUAUGUGUGAGUCAGGGCGAGAUGGUGCAGGUCCUGGCGACCAAUCAGCAGAACAUGUACCUCGUUUACCGGCCCGCCGACAGCCAGUCGCCCGCCGCCGAGGGCUGGGUGCCCGGGCACGUCUUGGGCCCGGCCCACAAGCCCUUAAAAGACUCCUCCUCCGCCACGUCCUUCUCUGCGGCAGUGGCCGACGCCAACAACAUCAAGAAGUCUCUGUCAUGGAACACGCUGCGCGCUAGGAAGCGUGCCGAAGCCAAAGACUUCUCGGUGUUGGGAGUCAGAGGUCAGGAGAAUGGCCUCCUACGUAAGACAAAAGAAACCACGCCCCCUCCCCCGCUGCUCGCCUCCCCUGUUUCCAGGGCGAAGGGCAAAGAGGUUCACACUUCAGAUGAAUCAGACUGUGACGAUGACCUUGACCCAAAAACUGGCAUGGAGCUUCUCAACCCAAACUUCAUCCAGGAAGUGGCUCCGGAGUUCCUGGUGCCGCUCUCCGACAUCGUGUGUGCCUUUGGGGAGACGGUGGUCCUCUGCUGCAAAGCGUGUGGACGACCCAAACCCUCCGUCACCCUGAAGGGCCCCGACCAGAACCCGGUGACCAGCAACAGCCGUUUCACCAUUGACAUCAGGGACACGGGCGACAUCUUGUUAAAGAUUUGCAACCUGAUGCCGCAAGACACCGGCAUCUAUACCUGUGUGGCCGUCAAUGAUCACGGGUCAGCCUCUUCAUCCGCCUCCAUCAAAGUGCAAGGUAUCCCAGCAGCCCCUGGAAGACCGGUGGCUCAGGAGGCCAGCAGCACAGCCGUGAUGCUCCACUGGCCGCCUCCGGCCUCAUCUGCUCACUGUGCAGUCAGCAGUUACACGGUGGAGUACCGCCAGGAAGACUCGCUGCUAUGGCAACAAGUGUCCAGCAGCAUGGAGGAGUGCCUUCAGAUCGACACCCUCAUCCCUGGCGGUCAUUACCAGUUCAGAGUGCGAGCGUCCAACCGCUGGGGGCUCGGCCCACCGUCAGAGCCUUCCAAUAUGGUUUCACUGUCCAGCACCAACUCUGCAUAUGACGGAACAGGAAUCCAAUGGAAAGAAAACUUUGAGUCGACAUUCUCUGAAAUUUGUGAGAUUGGAAGGGGACGUUUCUCGGUGGUGCGGAAAUGUUUCAACAAGUCCACGAAGAAAGAGGUGGCGGUGAAGUUCGUGAGCAAGAAAAUGCAGAAGAAGGAGCAGGCCGCUCAUGAGGCCGACAUCCUGCAACAUGUGCAGAACCACCAGCUGGUGGCACUGUUGGAUACCUACGAGUCCCCCACGUCAGUGAUGCUGAUUCUGGAACUGCUGGAGGACGGCCGUCUACUUGACUACUUGGUCGCCCACGAUGAGUUGAUGGAGGAACAGGUGGCCUUCUUCAUCCGAGAAAUACUGGAAGCCCUGCAACACCUUCACACGUGCCGAGUUGCACACCUUGACCUGAAGCCUGAGAACAUUAUGGUGGAGCUUCACUCUCCCACACCGUGCAUCAAGCUCAUUGACUUUGGAGAUGCUGUGCAGCUGUCGGCACACCGCCGCUACGUCCACCUAUUGCUGGGAAACCCGGAGUUCGCCGCACCCGAGCUCAUCUGCGGCACCCCGGUCUCUGUUGCAACUGAUGUGUGGAGUGUUGGUGUCUUGGCUUACGUCAUGCUCAGCGGCGUGUCGCCCUUUCUCGACGAAUCUCCCGAGGAAACCUGCGUCAAUAUCUGCCGCCUUGACUUCUGCUUCCCCGACGAUUACUUCCGGGAUGUUAGCCAGGCAGCGAGGGAUUUUGUGUCCUCUGUGCUACAGCAGGAUCCAAGGAAGAGGCCAACUGCUACGUCCUGUUUGCAGCACCCGUGGGUGGGCCGUGGAGGAGCUCAUGGCGGGGAGUACUCCAAGACACCUCUGGACACGACGCGAUUAGCCACAUUUAUUGAUCGAAGAAGACAACUUCAUGAUGUGCGUCCCAUCACCAACAUCAAGGGACUGGUAAGCAACAGUAUGGGAAACUCACUGUGACGAAGACGAGUGUCUGGACGCUUGGUAGAAAAAGACAAGAAUCGGAAAUAUAUUUUCUGGAUUUAAUUAUCAGAUCUAUUUAUUAAUAUAUAGGUGCCUAAAUCAUGCAUACAGUAUGUCCGCUGUUACUGGCCUUUCCGACACCUCCGAACCAAGUAACAAUGUUGCCUAACGCUUCUUCUGUUCUGUUGUUGCAUUGUUCCAAUUUUGACUCUUGUCCUCAAGCUGCCUGGAGCCUAAAGAUAUUUUUGUUGCAAAAAUACUGUGAGGGCGGCACGGUGGUCGACUGGUGAUCUUUGUGUCCUUUAAGUCGUUUCUCACCUUGAGAGAGAACCCGUGGUGCUUUGGUACACUUGGCUGGAAAUUGGAUCAGUACCGAGGUGGUUUCGGAAGCCCUCUGGCCAGCCGAAUUAUCCCAAACUGAGGUGAGUGGACACUAAUGAGGAGGUGAUCUUCUUUUCUGGUUGUUUUAAGUCCACAACUAGCUCUUGCUCAGGAACACGCGCAUGGCAUUUGAAUCAGGAGAGGAUUUUGGUCUUUUGUCCAUAUGACUGAGCAGUUAUUUCAUAGCAGGAUAAUGUGCUGUUGUUAAGUCAGAAACAUUCAGACUAAACUUGGAUCAACACCGAUGUUGCCUCGGAGUCUUCUGGGUCUCCUGAGGAGAAUGUUGUCAAAAUGGAGAAGUUGAUAUUCAUCACUGUUCCUUAAGACAACCUAACAUACGUUUUACCUAAGGACAACGUACUGUUGCUCAGUGUCACUUGGACAGGAUGUGGAUCACCACACUUGGUAGUCUGUUGGCAGGCGGGGUCAACCCUAACUAAGGAGAGCAUUGUAACUUGAGAAUUACCCACUCAUGCCAAAUUCAUAUUCUUUUACAACAAUCCUUUCCUAUCAUCAGUAAGAGG